AGAAAAGAGGAAAAAAAAAAGGGGGAAAAAAGGAAAAAAAAUACUUCCGCGUUUAGUUCCCAUAGCAACGGAUCCAUCUCCGUAGACGCAAGGUUCAGUUUGACCAAACAUCGGCUUCAGGUAUGAGUGCCAAUACAGCUUUCUUUAACCGAAGUGAGUCCACCGAGGUUCCUGUGGAGCACCUGGAUUAUGUUUACAUUGAGAAAUGCAAAAAUGUAAAAUACCUGGAGAAGAUCUUGAAAGUAUUGAGGUCUGGAAAGGAAGGCAUGUAUCCUCAUCUGCUCAGGUUCUGUGAGAGUCACCUGGAGAAACUGGACCAGAGGAGCAAGGCUCUCAGGAAGGAAAACCCCGUGGCUACAGCAGCCAGCCUCUCUGAAGAAGAGUGGAGCCAAAUUGUUGAUGACUUAAAGACCUGGCAAGAAGAAACCAAAACGGCUGAGACUCUGCUCAAACAGCAGCCAGUGUUUGAUACUCUAAUGAAAGAAAAUAUGCCACCAGUAAGAGGUUCCAAUAGCUCAGUUCCACUUAGUCAGGCUGAAUUUCCAAAAGAAAAGAGGAGUUUUUCAACACGUGCUCCCCCACGUGAUUAUGCAGAAUGGGACAAAUUUGAUGUUGAACGAGAAUGCAACAGAGUUGAUGAAAAUGUGUCUGAAAAAGAUCUGCCUGCCAUUAUAAACAACCAACGCCUCCCAGUCAGGAGGACUACAGUGGAUGUUUCAUUGUUGACCCAACGGGAGAAGCCCCUGCUGGCGAAUCGUGAAAAGGACAAAGGCAAUGAAGCAUUCAGAGCAAAUGAUUACGAGGAGGCCAUCACAUACUACUCCAGGAGCCUUUCAAUUGUGCCAACCGUGGCUGCAUACAACAACAGAGCCCAGGCAGAGAUUAAUCUAAAGCACUGGCACAACGCCAUGAGAGACUGCCAGAGGGUGCUUGAGCAGGAACCAAGCAAUGUGAAAGCCCUUCUGCGGCGUGCCACUGUUUAUUACCACAUGGAUAAAUUCCAGUUGGCUGCUGAAGACCUGAGGAUGGUGCUCAGGGAAGAGCCACAGAAUGCUGCAGCCACGCAACUUCUGUCUAAAACGGAGAAGAGGGUGAAGGAAUGUCAACCAGAGCAGCACAGCAAGGGCAAAAAAAUCCUCAUCCGAGAGGUAGAAGAGGAAGAUGACAAAAGACACAGUGAGACAGAAGCUCAGCGGAAUGCUUGUCCGGUUGAACCCAGUCAGCCUGUGGGAGGGGAGGAGUGCUCAGCUGCUCCUGAAAAGGGAGACAUGGGUAACGCGCAAAAAAAGCCCCACGGCAGAGGGGAUGGGGGUCCACACAGCGAGUUUAACAACUCCCACCAUAGCCACUGGAGAAGCAGAGGAGGAAGCUCGGAUAAGUACAAAGUCACGCAGGAGUCCAAGGAAAAAGUAGCUAAUGGAACAAGCAAGAGGGGAUCGACAGCCUCAGUGAAGGCUGAUCAGAGCAGCGGCGGUAAGGGAUCUCUGGCUACAGGAAAUGUAGGAGAAACUGUCAACCUUGAUGCCCCAUGUGGAGCCUUACCCCCACAUCUGUCCAGGCUAAAGAACGAAGGCAACCUGCUGUUUAAAAACGGACAGUUUGCUGAUGCACUGGAGAAAUACUCACAAGCCAUUCAAGGCUACCCAGAUUCAGGGAUUGACAGCCCAGACGACCUCUGUAUUCUGUACUCUAACAGAGCAGCAUGCUACCUUAAAGAUGGCAACUGUCAAGACUGCAUACAGGACUGCACGAAAGCCCUGGAGCUGCAGCCAUUCUCCCUCAAGCCCCUCCUGCGCCGGGCCAUGGCUUAUGAGGCCCUGGAACGCUACCCUAAGGCCUACGUGGAUUACAAGACUGUCCUGCAGAUAGACAUCAGCGUGCAAGCAGCACAAGACAGUGUCAACAGAAUCACUCGGCUUCUCAUUGAGCAGGAUGGCACAGAGUGGAGAGAGAAGCUUCCUGACAUUCCCCUGGUGCCUCUGUCAGCUCAGCAGCACCGCAGAGAGGUGCCACCCAGUGCAGAGGUCGUCCAGGCCCGGGCAGAGAAGGCAGCCAGGGAUGCAGAAAAGAAAGCAGAGGUCAGAUUUUUAGCUUUGAAGCAAGACGGGAAUGACUUUGUGAAGAAGAGCCAAUACCAGGACGCGAUGGGGAAGUACUCUGAAUGCCUUAAGUUAAAGCCAGACGAGUGUGCAAUCUAUACCAACAGAGCCCUGUGCUACCUGAAGCUUGAGAGGUUUGCUGAAGCCAAGCAGGACUGUGAUGCAGCACUAAAAUUGGAGCCAACUAAUAAAAAGGCCUUCUACAGACGAGCCAUGGCCAAUAAAGGCCUCAAGGACUACCUGGCCUGCAGUUCUGACCUGCAGGAAGUAUUGCAGCAGGACCCAAACGUUCAGGAGGCUGAGAAGGAGCUGGAGGAGGUCACAGUGCUGCUCAGACAGAGUCUGGCUAACGUAUUCGCUUCACCAGCUAAACCCCGUAAAACUGUCCCCAUCACAGAGGUUGGAGGUGACGAGGAAACGAAAGGUGUACCUGACUCAGAGAACAGCUCCAGAGGAGACGAUCUCCCCACAAACCUCCAGCCGACUGACACCUAUGAGUUCGGACAGGCCCUGAAUGCAGCUCGCUGCAGUGGAAACACAGCGAGCUGCGCUGAACUGUUGGCCUCCACAACCCCUGAAAGGCUUCCCCUUUUCCUGAGUAACCAACUGGAUGGACAUACCAUCGGCUUUAUCAUGCAGGCAAUGGACUUCCACCUCCUGGAAAAGAACCCAAACCUGGUCUACCAACACCUCAACUAUUUACACACUGCAGACCGGUUCUCGGUGGUAUUGAUGCUGCUGGACAAAGACGAGCGUCGCUACAUGACUCAGCUGUUUGAGCAUUUGUCUGCUGUGGAGAGCUCAGAGUUCACCGAGAAUGAUGUUCAGAAUCUGGCCAACAAAUACAUCUGACCCCAUUUCCCCCGCUCCCUGCUGCCCGAGCUGCUGCACCUUUUGGAUCUAUGCAAAACACUGCACACUAACUGAGUACACACAGGCAGGAACAUCAGAAUGUGCCCCAGAGCAAUACAAAGGAGAUAUAUUAAGAAUACUGGUGUGUGCUGUAAAUGAUCUGUUUCAUGUACGUUUGUGUGACAGCAUAAGGAAUAUAUUUUUCUCUCUGGAACAUUUUGCUAUGCAGAUUCACUUUUGUACUACCACUUAUUAUUUGUAAUGAACAGCAAGCUAACAGUAAGAUACAGAGGACCUUUUACUGGAGGGUAUUGAUAAACAGUCCAACGUACAAUGUUAUGCAACGCUACAGGAAGUAUUUUUCCUCCGGGCAGGUGAGUUUUCUCAGGACAGGCUCAUGUUCCAGAACUGAGCUCAGUUGUUCUUGUACCCUGUUAUUCUUUCGAUUUCAGUUAUUUAAUUUAUUAGCCUCUGUCAGACACCAGCAAAGAUCAGAGAUGGUAUUGAGUGCAUGCUGAAUGUGACCUAACAAAGAAACAGGUAAGGUAAUGUGCUGCAAGAGAAAACUCCGUGCAGCGUGGUAGAAGCAUCUUUUCAUCUUGUAUCUUCUGACAAUGUUGUAGGAGAAAAUAGUAUUUGUGACCUUACAUGACUCAGACGCUCUCUGUUGUUGUUCACCCAUGCAUCAGGUAGAUCUGAGGUUUAAAAUGACUCACUCAUCACAGUGUUUGUGUCUGUUCCGAGAAGCAUUUCUUCUCCUUAUACACAUUACUGUACACAGGAGGCAGAGGCUACAUCUUAAUGAGAUGUGUGCCUUGGGUUUAACACUAUGGGUCCACUAACAUUUACAUACAUACACUAUAUUAACAUCAUCAUCAGCUACAUGGCAUGCAUUUUUAAUCAGAUUUCAUAUCUUGGCUAUUUGCAACAUGCUGUUUCUUUACUAAUUCUAAUUCACUGUCGGUAUUAAAUAUCAACUACUGAAUGUGGCCGUUAUUCAAACAGCCUGAAUCAAUCCACACUGUUAAUAAGACUUACUCCACAGUGACAUCUUCAGCGGCAGAGAGGCAAUAAUUUGACAUGACUACUGUUACUCUGCAAAGUGGUUUUAAUAUAUUUAAGAUGACAUGUACAACAUUCACAGAGAGCUAUUCAAUAAAGUGGCAGUACAAGUAA